CGAGGAGGAGGCACCUGUGUGGGUAAGGACCCACACACGCACGCGCCUCUCUGUCCGUUUGCCUGCCUGCGUGCCAUUGUCCCACUGUCCCUCUCUGUGCGUGUUGUCAUGUCAGUGUACCAGCGAAGCGUUCUGACUCCGGCGAGGAUGUCGAGAGCCCUGGGAGCGGGCUUGCGACGGGUUGGAGGGAAGAUGGGAUACAACGGGUUUCAGCAGCCGUGGGGGAACUCCAAGCCAGCUUACUGCGCCAAUCGCAUCUUCUCGACGGUACGUGGGUGGGUGGAGGGAAGGCAAGGCAAGGGCAGGCAGCAAGGGAGGGACGCGGGGGAGAGCACCGAGAGCUGGGUUGGGAUGUGUGUGUGUCUGUGUGUGUGUGUGUGUGCGUGCAGGUGGACAAGGUAGGUAUGAGCGAACGGACCAGCCUGUUGGACUGGAAAAGCACUAUAGCUAUCGCAGGCACCGACACAGAUGCUUGCUUCCUGUGUGUGCUGGCCAUGCCAUAGACACAUGCUGAGGGUACCUACGAGGCGGGUUUGGUCAAGGCGUCGUUGAAUACCAAGGAGCCGGGUAGGGUAGGCACUCAACAGCUGCACCCAAUCGUUCACUGAGUACUGUGUGUCGUCAUGGCAAUCUCCCAACAGUCGACACGGAGUUGGUAGCUGCGCAGGAGUAUGCACCGCACCACCUAGAGCCAUGGCUGGAGGUGGGUGCAGGGAGGGAGAGAGACUCGACGGGUGCACGCGCAAGAGGAGGGAAGCGCCACGUGUGUAUGUCGUCUGCUUGGUGUGUGUGUGUGUGUGUGUGUGUGUCAGCCGCACCACAGCGAGGGCAAGAUGAAGAUUUGCCUGCCGCGCAUCCCCGAGCACCGCAAAUGCGUAAGCACCAAGGAGAGAGAGAGAGAGAGAGAGAGGGAAGGAACGGAUUAUACACACAUCUGUUCUGUGUUGUUUGUGUCAUCCAUCCAUCCAUCCAUCAUCCAUCGUUCAGGUUGACCCCAAAUACGACUACCUGUCGCCCUACAUGCAGAUAAUAGCGCACAGCAUGCCCUUCUUCAUCUACCCGGCCCUCAUGGAAGUCAUCUGGCCCAUGGGCGGCGUGUGAAGCGCACCCGGUGGCCCUCACGACAGACACUUGUCACCAGAGUGAGUGAGACAGAUUACAGUCAGGACAGCAGAGGGGGGAGGGGGACGCACUGACGUGCGCUCGCAAAAAAAGUUUCCAUGCGUGCUGCUCUGCUGCUGUGCGUCCCUUCCUCUCUGCAGUUUUUGAAGCGGCAGUUGUGUGUGGUGGAUGGGAUGGCAGUCUGUUCGUUUUCACCUUCCCCACCCCCUCUCCACCUCUCAUGUGUCAGUAGAGAGCAUCCAUCGUACGGACACACGAGCGGAGCUGUCCGAUGCCGAGUGGCUGGCUGUGCACACCCUUGGUUGCUUGCUGCGGACAACUAACUUUUUUCGCCCCUGUUCAUGUCCCUAUGUACCCUUUUCAACAGCGUCUCGUCUGGCUGAGCGUCUGGCUGAGUGGCUGGCUGUGUGUCUGAUGUGUUGUGACGCAUGAGGUCGGCUGACUGGGUGCUGGGAGGAGGGAGAGAGGGAGAGAGGGGAUGGUGUGUAGUGUAUGGUGGCGGGGUCGGUGUGUGGAUGUGUCGGUGUGCCUCUUUUGUGUGCCGAGGGCAGCGGUACGGUAGAGAGUCAAUUAGCCAGUGAGUGGAGGUCUCUCUGCUGGUAGGCAGCUCAAUCGGGCAGUGCGUGAUGCGCACACACGGAUGUUGCUCUCUUGGCAGCCUGUCUGUGUGGUGUGCGUCACCGUGUCUGUGGCGGGUCUCUUUGUGAUGGAUGCCGUGGAUCGAUGAAUGGCUGCAUGGAUAUCCUCUAGGAGCGUGUCUUGACCUCAACUCCCGCAACCUUGUCUUUGGCUCGCCCCGCAGUUCCAUGCGGUGACCCGCCUGCUGCGGGCGGGUCAGAGAAUGGAGCCGCUCAGCGGGCAGAGACGGCAAAGUGGUCGUGGUUGACGUGUAGAUGCACGCGGACGACCGGUGGUGGGAUCAGGACACUUGCGUGAGCAGACUCUCGAUGUGGCGUCAAUCAACACAGUCGAUCAAAGCAACACUUGAUGUGGAGUGCCAAA